UGAUCACGGUCGAUUUGAAAAUAGGUGUAAAUAAAUAGGUGCAAUCCCUUCCAAAAAUACAAAUUUCGAGUAUAAAUUCGAAGGGAAGGCGUUGCCGGUGCAUAGUUGUUGCGUGCACGUGGGUGUCCGAAUUUAGUCAUGUCGUUUAAGGUGUUCGCACUCUUCGUUGCUGCUUGUUUAGUAGCGGUAUAUGCGGAAGAAGCUGGUGAUGGGCGUACUUUUGGACUGAUAGAGGGAUUGCUAGGUGGAGGACAUCAUCACCAUGGAGGAGGAUUUGGUGGUAUAGGAGGUUUCGGUGGACACGGACACUAUCACGGGCAUUACCAUGGACAUUACGGAGGACAUGGCGGUUUUGGACACGGUGGCUUCGGACACGGCGGUUUCGGUCACGGCGGCUUCGGACACGGCGGCUUCGGACACGGAGGACAUGGAGGCUUCGGGUUUGGUGGACACCGACCACAUUAUCACGGAGGAUUUUUUGGAUAAAAUUAUAAAUAUAUACAUAAUAAGUUUAGAUUUACACGUGCAAUAUUUUAUAUGUAGGUAAUUAAAUUGUUCCAAUCUGGUUUCA